AUGUCCAUGUCGACGUACGACCAUGCCCUCUUUAGUUCGGCGGCUGCUGUCCGGCUGCUGCUGACCUGGGCUUUUCCUGGUCUGCCCGACCUUCUCAGUGGACUGCAAGAGGGUCUCUUCCUAUACAAUUACGGUCUAUCGCCUUACGAUGGCGGUGUCUUUCACCAGGCUCCUCUACUCCUGCCGCUCUUCUCGCUCCUCCCUGAUCCCACACGCUACCCUCUAGUCACCGUCUUGCUAUACACACUGGUCGAUCUAGCCAGCGCAUACGUUCUUAUGCAAAUAUUUGCUUCAGGCCAAUCUUAUGCUACCCGAUUCUUCACAUCAUCGCGCGAGUUGAAGCGUUGGUCGCCUUCUGCUGUCGCUGCUGCAUACCUCUUCAACCCCUUUAUUGUCUUGACCUGCCUGGCUCGCUCUACCAAUGUUUUUGGAAACCUCUUCGUCCUCGUCGCUACCCUCAAGGCCUGCCGUGGCGCCAUCCUGACCUCCUCUCUGGCUCUGGCCAUUGCCUCAUACAUGUCACUGCAUCCGCUGCUACUGCUACCACCCGUCACCAUCUUGUGCUACGACUCGUGGGUGCUGCGUCGCAAAAAUAUCAACCAGGGUGCAUCGGCUCCGACUUUGCUCGCCUUUGCUGUACGAUAUGCCCUUGUACUUGUAGCCGCCGUUGCCAUUCUAUUCGCUUUGUCAUACGCACUGAUUGGCGACUGGUCUUUCAUCUCAUCCGUCUACGCCUCGCGUCUCCUACUACCUGACUUGACUCCCAAUGUCGGCCUAUGGUGGUACUUCUUCAUUGAAAUCUUCGACUCGUUCCGCAACUUCUUCCUGGGCGUCUUCUGGCUGCACAUGGCUUCGUAUUCGCCUGCUCUCACCAUCCGUCUUCGUGAGCAACCACUAGCUGCCAUUGUGCUUCUAUGCGGUAUCUUUGCUAUCUUCCAGCCAUAUGCCAAUGUCGGCGAUGCUGGUUUCUGGCUUUCCAUGCUCUCCAUGUAUGGCCAUNUCUCACGAUAUGCUUUCCCUGCCAUCAGUGCACUUGUAUACACGACUCUGCUCGGUCCCGCCUUCUACUAUCUAUGGGUGUAUGCCGGUAGUGGCAACGCAAACUUCUUUUAUGCCAUCACUCUGGUCUGGAGUCUGGCUCUGUCUGUCAUUCUGGCAGAUAUUCUCUACGCCAUUAUCAGAGAUGAGUGGGAGAAAGAGCGCCCUGAGAUGAAGGGCAAGGAAGCCAAGCAAAUAUGA